GCACAUCGGGGGCAGUGGAACUCGAGCGCGAGCAGGAGCGCGCGCCGUUGAUUGGAUAACAGAGCUGUAUAAAUUGCCGCACUGCCGUAUUUCUCUCUUUCGUAGAGAUUUUGUCCAAACCUCAAUGCGGUCUGAACAAACUGUCCAGGGCCGUCAUACAAGAAAGCCUUCGCGCACAGUACCCUCUUAUUUACAAUGAAGGAGAGAAGAAUCAGCCAGCCUUUGGUAAUGCGUUGUAAACUGGUUUUAGUAGGAGACGUGCAGUGCGGGAAAACCGCAAUGUUGCAAGUGUUGGCCAAAGACUGUUAUCCUGAGACAUACGUCCCAACAGUGUUUGAGAACUACACAGCUGGACUGGAAUUAGAGGAGCAGCGCGUGGAGCUUAGUUUAUGGGACACAUCAGGUUCACCGUAUUAUGAUAAUGUCAGGCCUCUUUGCUACAGUGACGGAGAUGCUGUUCUGCUCUGCUUUGAUAUAAGUCGCCCUGAGACCGUCGAAAGCUCUCUGAAAAAGUGGAAAGCCGAAAUCAUGGAUUUCUGCCCCAGUACUCGAAUAAUCCUAGUCGGCUGCAAGACAGACCUGCGAACAGAUGUUUGCACACUGAUGGAGCUGUCCAAUCAGAGACUGACGCCCAUCUCCCAUGAGCAGGGCACCUUGUUGGCGAAGCAGGUAGGAGCAGAGGUGUACCUAGAGUGCUCUGCAUUCACAUCGGAGAAGAGCAUCCACAGUGUGUUCCGCUCAGCGGCACUAACAUGCCUCAACAAACUGCAGCCCCCCAUAAAGCAAACCCCCACUCGCCGGCUGUCCAAACGCCUUCUUCACCUGCCCAGUAAAGCAGAGCUCCUGACCUCCUCCUUCAGCAAGGAGAGAACCAAGAGCUGUUCCAUCAUGUGAGCUCCAUGUGCGCCACUCCAGUUCCAGAAAAAUAUAUAUUUUUGCUCUUGAAAGGGUUGGUUUUAAGAGGAGGGGAGGUCAUGAUCUUUCAUGACCCCUUCCUCUCUCUACACUUAUGUUGUUCUUCUUCCAUUCUGACACCCCACCCACAAACACACUCUUACCUAUGACAAAGAGCUGCUGCCAUUGUUCAAGGUUUUCGGCUGUUACACAUCCUGUUAUCGAUUGAGUUUACCAGCAUAUGGCUUUACAUGAACUGCAUUUUGUAUCAGUGAUCAAUCAGUCAGUCAAAGAAGGAAAUGCAGUGAAUAUUGGACACUGUGAGAUAUUUUUGUGGGUAGUCUUUAUUUGUUAGCGUGCAUACAUGUAUGGGAAUGUGGGAUGAGCUGUGAACGUAAUUUAAUAUUUAAAGGAAGAGGAUGUGUUUCUGUUACACAGUAUGCACUUUAGUAAACAUGGAUGUGAUUGUUGAAUGGGAAGUGAGAGGAUGAUUGAAUACAGGUUGGCAUUAGUUGCUGUUUCAAUACAGAAUUAUGCUUUGCUUGUAGCUGAAGUCUCUGGCACUGAUCUACGAUGUGAGAUCUCAUGCAUGCAUGAGAGGAGGAGCCAAAAAAGAUUUUAUGUCCUCCUGAAAAAGGCGGACAGUGUCAUAAAUCUGCUAGAUGAAACAUCCAAUCACAUUUGUACAAUCCAGAUGGAUUGGACAUGCUGAAACACUCUUUAACUUUCUCUCUCUCUCUCAUUUCUAGUCCUUCUUGAGCUUUCUUCCCCUAAAGAAUAUAAAUGGACAUAAAUUUCAGCCAAUGAGGACAAAGCCCAACAUUGCCCAGGCCAUUUCUCAUUAUAGAGCAGGAGUUAUUGCCAGAAAGACCCCUUCCAGAUGUUCCAAGCGUUCUUUUUUAGAAAACAAGAACUUUCACUGAAGUAAAUUUAGAGAUGGGAUAUACUAAAGGAUAUUGCAGUCCACCAAAACUGAUCAAUGUUGCAUAAGCGAGAAAAUGAUUUGAAUGUUCCAGUUGACUUUUCUUUUACAGUAAUCUUAAAAUCUGCCACAACACCUAAUUUUCAAUAACAUGCCUGUAAAGAUUUGACUUCUCUUGUCAUGUGGUGAAGUUACUGGUUAACUUGGGCUGGACAUUAGAUUGCAUUAUAAUUUCAGUGAUUCUCAUGCAUUCGGUCAGAUCACUGUCACGGAGGACUCUCUUCUCAUGCUAAGCCUCAGUCUGGUUUUAAAUCCCACAACCCCUGGUUCUGUAAUGCUUAAUCAUAAAACAACUAAAUCCUCACUUUAAGCUUAUAAAUGGCCAAGUGGAAAUAAACUGAGAAGGUCAGACGAGACAGCAUUACAAAGAAUCUGACCUCAAAAUAACUUCCAACAUAAGAUCAAAUUUAAUAUGAUCAAAGAAAUGGUUUGUGGAAUAAUUUACACUACCAAUCAAAAAUUUGGGGUCAGUAAAAGCUACAGCUGAAAAUUCAGCUUUGCCAUCACAGGAAUAUAUUAAAUUUUUAAAUAUAUUAAAAUAGAAAACCGUUAUUUUAAAGAGUAAUAAUAUUUCACAAUAUUACCGUUUUACUGUGUUUUUGACCAAAUGAUGCAACCUUGGUGAGCAAAAGAGACUUCUUUCAAAAAUAAAUACAUUUAAUUUUCACUAAUUUAAUCCAAAAUGUUGUAGCACUGGAUAUUGUGAAAACUGCAAAUUCCGUCAAAUCUAAGUUUGCAUAGUCAUAUCUAGAGAAUGAGAAUGAAAUACUGUACAUAUAAACUGGUCUUGCCUUAAGCGCACAUUUGUACUACUUUGUUAUUAUUAUUAUAUCACUGACUUUGUAAAUUCUCAGUCUAGUUCAUCUGAAAGCAGCUUUAGGAGGUUGUUCAUCACUUCAUGCUACAUGCACUGAUCACCAAUUCUACACCGUUGCUUAGCAACAGACAAGUCAGUUAAGCUGGUCUAAAUGUCCGAAAACCACUCGAGAGAAGUUGAGAGAGAGAAACAGGGUGUAAACAAAGUGAAAAUAAGGAUGUUUUCUCACUGUAGCAUAACAAAUGUUUUUUUCAUGGCUAUAGUUUAUAGUUUGGAACAUAAAUCGUCUUACAGACCAUCAUCUUGAUAUGAAUUUGUUACUGUUGUCUGGUUUAGUAGCACCCUUAUAUGUUAUAUGUUUGAUGUGGUGGACCUCCAAAAUCUUCCUUUUGUUACUUAAGUCUGGACGUACAUAUGUUGUGCAUAAUCAGUUUUGUACAGCCCUUUAAAUGAAGUCUGAGAAGGAAACCAAUUCAGAACAGACUGUAUGAUUGUGUGUGCAAUGUAACUGUAAGUUAUUAAUAGUUGAUUAUUGCUGGUUCUGUUUUAGUCUUUCGUUUCAGACAAUCUAUUUUAUAUGGAAUAUUGUGUAUUAUUUUUCCUGUCUCUGAUGUCAUGUAUCACUCUUAAAUUAAUUAAACCCUGGAUUUGGUCAGUAAAUUGUGUGUGUUUGCAGAUCCAGUGGCAGUCCAAAAUACAAUGAGAAAAGUGCCAUGUCUGUAUAAACAUUUAAUAUAGAAAUGAAAUAAAAUAAUGUUUCCCAGCAAUCUCUAUCAAAUUAAUUGCAGAACCAUAAAAAACUGGAAAAGUCAUGGAAAUACAUUAGUCAAAAUGAGUGGCAACCCUGUAUCUUAAAUUUCAGGAGAGAUUUCAUAAGACAAAGAUCCUUUUAUGACAGAUUCUUGAAUUGCCUCUUUAUUCACUCAAUUACCUGUUUAUGGCACUCAAAACUAGGCCAACAGGUCUAAGAAAAACCAGGAGUAAAUCAUGGGAUUCUGCAGGAAUAGUAUGGGACAGUGUACUGAAUAAUAAAGAGGCAGAAACAAAAAUAUUUCCUUCAAUAAGCACUGUACAUACAUCAAACAAGGCCAUGGAAUAUAUGGUGAUAUAUUUUUUGGUAAAAUAAGCUUUAAUUUAAUAAAAUAUACCUUGAA